UUGCAGCUAGGAGUUUCAAAAUGCACUCAUUUUCAGACAAGCUGGACGGGUCGUCAUCUGUUUGAUGCGGUAUGCCGUAUUAUCGGCCUACGUGAAGUUUGGUUUUUUGGCCUGCAAUUCACAAACAAAAAGGGCUUGCCAUGUUGGUUACAAAUGGAUAAAGAGAUUCGCAAGCAAGAUGUGCCUAGAGGGGAGGAUGGAUGUAUGCAGUUUUUGUUCCUAGUCAAAUUCUAUCCGGAGGAUGUUGAAGACGAACUCAUUCAGGAUCUCACAAGGCACCUCUUUUUCUUGCAAAUAAAGCAAGCCAUCUUAUCCAUGGAUCUUUACUGCUCUCCCGAAGCUUCCGUACUACUUGCAAGUUUCGCAGUCCAAGCUAUCAAUGGCGAUUGUACAGAUGAAAUAGAGCCAUUAGAUCUGGAUAAAUUAUUACCAAAGAGUGUUAUUGAUCAGUACGAUAUGAGUGCUGAUAUGUGGCGUGAGCGGAUAAAACGAUGGUGGACCAAUAAUCAUGGACAAACAAGAGAAGACGCUGAAAUGGAGUAUCUUCGUGUUGCUCAAGAUCUUGAGAUGUAUGGAAUUCUCUAUUAUCCUAUUUGCAACAAAAAGGAAACAGAUCUGCAUCUUGGGAUCUCAGCUCAAGGCCUUGGAAUUUAUAAAGGUUCUAAUCGUAUAACCCCAAGACCUUUCUUCUCUUGGAGUGAAAUCAAGAAUAUUACUUUCAAGAAUAAAAAGUUUCACAUGAAGACUGUGGACAAAUCUACGAUAUCUUUCCGCGCUCAAGAAAGGACGAUUAAUCCAUCAAUUCUCGACCUCUGCAUAGGAACACAUAACCUUUAUCUCAGACGACGGCAGCCGGAUACUCUUGAGGUUGUCUUUUCAUUGCAACGGUUCUUCUCAUAA